GUUUCCUAUGCCCACAUGCCGAACCGAAUGCCUACUGAUUAAGGGCUCAGAUGUAAAGCGCGGGCUAACAUCCUACAUAUAGGACCAUGCAUCUUCUAGGUGGUACGGCCAUCACAUCCCAGAUUGCCUUGCAGAGACGCCGGAGUAUAUACAAUGGAGGCCAAAGUUCCGUCGCCGACCAUCGAUAAGCUCGAGGAUUGCAACAGCGUUACCAAACACGAGGAUCAAAAUCUCAAUGAGCGCACCACCGGCGACGUUCUACUGGUGACGAAAACAAAUCAUGUUCGAAGAAUUCCAGUGCCUACCAACGACCCAAAUGAUCCUCUGAAUUUCAACAAGUGGCGCAAAUUGGGGAUUGUGGUGACAUGUUGCUGGUUCUCCAUCUUCUCCAUCCUUUCUCUUUCUGGCACAGGUACAUUCAUGAACACUCUGUACGAAAUGUACGGCGCACAUCAUUCAGCGGAGCAGAUCACUGGGCUGAGCACCUAUCCUACCAUGGUCAUGGCAUUUGGCUGCCUAGGUUUGCUCCCGUUGUCAUUUGUACUUGGCCGUCGUCCAGUGUUCCUUCUGGCUGUUUCGAUAGCCUUUAUCUGCAAUCUCACGGCUGGUGGAAGCAAAGACUUCAGAGGACAUUUCAUAAGCCGCAUUUUCGUUGGGCUUGCAACAGGCGCCACAGAGUCGAUCUUGCCGCUGAUCCUGUCCGACAUCACCUUCUUGAACGAGCGCAGUUUCUUCUUCGGACUGUACUGGUCCGUUCAAAACGGUGUCAGCUCCGGAAUCUUGAUCGGUCUUUCUUAUCUGGUCGCCGCAACGUCAUGGAGGUGGUACUACUGGCUCUUUGGCAUCACCCUCGGCGUGUCGGCACUCAUGGUCGUCUUUCUCCUGCCGGAGACCAAAUUUUUCAGGUCUCCUACAUCUCUCGACGGCCAGGUCGUGUACACGGACGAAUUUGGCACUACGCACAUCGUUUCGGACGAAGAGGCUAGAGAACGAUGGGGCAAUGUUCAGGAGCACGUUACCGUCACCACUGAGAAGCGUACUUUUAUCCAGGAGCUGAAGCCCUGGAGCGACGUCACCCCGAAUGGAAUUCAAAUCUUGGCUUCCGCAUACAUGAAGAUUCUCCAGGCUUUAACCUCCCCCGGCGUGAUCUUCGCUCUAAUGUGCGCGUCCAUCUCCCUCGGUAUCGGAAUAGGAAUCACCCUGGUCUACAGCACCAUUCUCGUCGAGGCAUAUCACUGGUCUGCCUCUUCUGUGGGUCUUUUCAACGCCGGUGUGAUCCCUGCCAGUCUCCUUGCAAUGUUUUACGCCGGGUUUUGCGCAGAUAAAAUCAACUUGUGGCUGGCUCGCCGCAACAACGGCAUCCAUAGGCCCGAGCAUCACUUGGUGCACUUGAUUGUGCCUUGCCUGACAGGAGUCUGCGGUAUUGUCGUCAUUGCCGUUUGUGCAUCUCACCCGGAGAAGUACAGUGCAUGGGGCCUGGUCUUUGGCUGGGCGAUUUAUCAAUUCAGCUUCACGUGCAUUCUGAUCACGAGUACUACAUUUGCGGCUGAGGUGAUUCCACAGAAUCCAGGUGCGGCGAUCGUCGCUGUGAUUGGAGGGAAAAACAUUGUUUCUUUCAGCGCUAGCUACGGCAUCGUCCCUAUGGUCUCGAAGUACUCCUACAUGAAAGCUUUCAUGAUUUUAAUGGGAAUCUUCAUCGCCAUUUUCGCCCUUGGCGUGCCAGUCUUCUUCCUGAAUCACAAGUGGAGGAAAACGAUUUCUCAUCGUCGAUGACAGGCAUGUACGGCACAUAGUUUGGUUAAUGUAAAU